ACUGCGUCUCGCGACCAGGGACCCAUCUCCAUGGCAACGGAAUAGCAACGGAGAGGUUUACCUAGUUUGCUAAUACGACUAAGGCAACGAUGGAGGCAGGCGGUGAGACGCAGCCCAGGAGAGUUUUUAUUAACAACGUAAACAGCUACGCAUCAAAGCACAUUGCCAAGUUUUUGUCUGGAUGUUUUCUUGGAGCAUUUCCUAAUACUGGAGAGAGUGAAGAGGAGGGGAGGAUAUCAUCAGUCAAUGGAACCAGAGCUUUUCAAAUUGUUGGAACAAUUUCUGAAGAAUCUGAUGAAGAGAGACCAUAUGUGCUGGAGGAGUAUUUUCAAUUGGGCAGGGAUGAGCUUCUUCCUAAACUGAUGGACUGUGAUGUUGUUGUCUACAACAUUACUCAACACACCAAUCAGAUAGAAGAAGCCUUGUGGGCUGUUACUGCUCUUCACAACAACAUGAAAAACUUUUCCAGAGGAAAGAUGUUUAUCCUCAUCUCCACUGUGAUGACAUGGGCAGGCAGCAAGCCGGUCAAACCUGAUGAUCAGGAGAUUCCUUUUACUGAUGAGAUUUUCUGGAGACGACGCGCACAUCCCAACUUUACCCAGCACAUUGACCUGGAGAAGAGAGUUGUCAAAAUGGGCAAAACCGACAGAAGGUUGUUUUCAACAUAUGUGGUAGCAUCUGGUCUUCAGUAUGGAAUGGGAGAGCAGAUAUUCCACUACUUUUACAAGACAUCAUGGCUUGGAGAAGAACAAGAAAUACCUGUUUUUGGAGAUGGCAACAAUAUUCUUCCGACUAUUCAUAUUAAUGACCUGGCAAGUGUGCUUCAGAAUGUGAUUCAACAGUGCCCCGAGCUGUAUUACUUCCUAGCUGUGGACAACUCCAACAACACCAUGAAGGACAUUGUGAAGGCAAUCGCUUCAGCACUUGGACCAGGGAAAAUCCAGACGAAACCACACGAAGAAGCCUUCCUUAUAAAAGAAUUAAGCGUAAUGGAAAUCGAUACCUUACUGGUCAACCUUUGCAUGAAGGGUGUCCUCAUCAAGGACCUUUUCUCUGUCAGCUGGUUGUGUGAGUCUGGCUUGGUGGAUAACAUAGGGAUGGUGGUGGAGGAGUACCGCCGGGCCAGAGGACUGCUGCCCGUUCGUCUGUGUGUACUGGGCCCGCCUGCAGUGGGGAAAAGCACGGUGUCCAAAGAGAUCUGUAAACACUACAAGUUGCAACACAUUACGCUGAAAGAGACCAUCUCUGAAACCAUUGCACUACUGAACAAUGCUGUAAAUGCCUCUCGUCCAAAUGCAGAGAAUGACUCUGCAGAGUCUCAGGAGCUACUUAACCGCAUGCAGGACAGUAUGAAAGAGAAUGGAGGUCUUUUGGAAGACCAGCUACUUCUGAAGGUGGUGAGAGAUAAACUGAUGUCCAACCCAUGCAGCAACCAGGGCUUUGUUCUAGAUGGCUUUCCCAAGACAUACAAACAAGCUAAGGAGCUCUUCUCUGCUGAUGAAUAUGAAUCAGAAGAUGGAACUGCCUCCUACAAGAAGAUUAUGCCAGAGUUUGUGUUGGUCCUGGAUGCUUCAGAUGCCUUUCUGAAAGACCGGGUCAUAAACCUUCCUGAGAGGUUGGUGCAGGAGCACAAAUACGACUACUUUCACUUUGUGCAACGGCUGGCAAGAUACCGGAAGAAACACACAGAAGAUGAAACUGUCGUCAACUACUUUGACGAGCUGGACAUCAACCCUCUGUACUUGGAAGUCACAAGCAAUGAUGAAUCCGACUGCCUGAUACUGAUGCAGAAGGUUUUCGACAUGGUGGGCAAACCCAGGAACUAUGGUCCAAGCACCCAGGAGGUAGAGGAGGGUGAUAGAAGAAAAGCUGAGGAGGAGAUGAGGAGAGAGGCCCAGAUGAGGGCGGAAGAGGAGAAGAAGGCGUUGGAGGAGGCACAGCAAAGACAUGCACGCUGGGAGAAAUGGACUAAAGAUUUAGAGAAGCAGAGGCAGCAGGAGGAGGAGCUGCUGGAGGCCCAGACAGUCCACAUGAGGAGCUACCUAAUGGAACAUGUCAUGCCCACUUUAACUCAGGGGUUGACAGAAUGCUGCACAUUCCAUCCAGAGGACCCAGUGGAUUUUCUGGCGGAGUAUUUGUUUAAGAACAGUCCUGCUAAUUACUGAAGCAAACGGGGUCAUUUUGGUGAUUGCAUCCACCUAUUACGCAACAAUUUUAAAGAAAUAACAAAUAAAUGAAGGGUACCUAUAAAA